UCCUACCUCUGCUUUCUGUUCUAUCUUUUCUGCUUGCAACAUGUCUGGGUUAUCAGCAUAUAAAAAGAUGAACAAAAAUGACCUAACUGCUGAGUGCGCAGGAAGAGGAAUUGACAUUAAUGGCAAAAAUCGUGAAGGCUUGAUACAUGCCCUACAGGAGUUUGAUAUCCAGGCAAACCAGAACCUGGAGGGAACCGGACCAGAAAGGGGUUCCGCUACUCCAGAGCCCAGUGGUUCAGAGGCGGCCUCACCGGAUAGGCCAGCAGAGACUGACACUGGAAUACCACGGAUUGUUACCCCCAAGCCACCGCAUGAGCAGGCCAACACCCCAUUGCUUGCAACCAGCAUGGACUCUCCUCAAAUGCAGGAAACGCUACAACACCUCAGGGAAACGGAUCCUGUGGUGUACCUGCAGUUUCUCGAGUGUCAAGCUGAGAGAGACGAGCGCAGGGCUGCGGCUGAGCGAGAGGAACGCCAGGCUGAGAGGGAGGCUGCGCAGAGGGAAGCUGAUCGUCGACACGAACUGGAGAUGACUAGGCUCCAGCAGCAGCGACAGGUUCAGAACCCCGGAUCCCUAGAGCACAGGGAUGCCGCUCUGCCAGUAGCUCCGGCAGCCAAAUUUCCUGUUAUGGAAAAGGACAGUGACAUUGACGUGUAUCUACUGUCGUUUGAAAAAACUUUCCGUCAGUACCAUCUGCCCCCAGCACAAUGGGCCCGGUACCUGACGCCAGGGCUACGAGGCAAGGCCCUGGAUGCUUAUGUUGAACUGUCUGAAGAGCAGGGCAAUGAUUAUGAGGCCCUAAAGGCUGCGAUCAUCCAAAAAUUUCAGCUAACCCCGGAAGUGUACCGGAAGCGUUUUAGGUCCUUGCAAAAAGGGCCUGGAGACUCAUACCUGGAUGUGGAAAGUCGCUUACGCACCACAUUUCGGCAGUGGACUAAAGGCUUGAAAGCUGAUUCUUUUGAGUCCCUGGAAGAUCUUAUGAUUGAAGAUCAACUUUUGCACAUCUGUCCUACAGACGUCAGACAGUUUGUGCUGGAGCGAAAGCCAACCUCGGCUAAAGUAGCAGCAGAACUGGCAGAUACCUAUAUCCACUCUCGGGUAUCUGACCAUCGCAAGGCUUCUCCGAACGGAUGGAAAGGAGGGAAAUCGCACAUGGCAACCCCUCCUCCACCUGCCAACCAAGUCCCUCAGCAGAUGGAACCUGCAGUUCCUGGUGCCAAGGCAUUCCUGACUAAUAAUCGCACAUGCUACACCUGCGGGAAAGCCGGACAUCUCAAGGCACAGUGCCCUGAGCAGAAGAAGCUGACAUCACCUGGCCAUCCGGCCAGCAACCCUUCUGCUGUACUGUUCGUCAGUGGGAAACCUCCAGUAACCAAUGCCAACUUGCAGCCUGUCACCGUAGGCCACCGGACUGUAAUAGGGUUGCGUGACACUGGAGCAGAAGUUACGUUGGUCAGACCAGAGGUGAUAGAAGAAACAGACAUCAUCCCAGAGAAGUUUCUUACCCUCACUGGAGUGGGGGGAACCCUUUCCUGUGUGCCCCGUGCCUAUGUUUUCAUCGAUUGGGGUGCCGGGAGUGGGAUGAGAGAGGUGGGCGUCUCAGAGGAGAUCCCUACUGCUGUGUUGUUGGGUGCUGAUUUAGGUACCCUUGUUUCUUACUAUGUCCCUGCUAAGAGCACCCAGGAUGCUCCCACGGAACUCUCUGGACCUACCAAGGUACUGUGUACAGAUGUUGGGGUAAUAUCUGGGAAACCUGUGGAUGGACAGAGGGAGGGGGAGGGUGAAGUUGAAGUGCAAGGUCCUCCUUAUUCAGAAACAGGAGAGGAGACCCCCUUGCUUGGGAAGGUAACUGAUACAGGUUCCAAUGAUGCUGCAAUGAUAAAUGUUAAAUGUGAUGAUGCUGAUGUUGAUGCUGAUGUUGAUGAUAAUGCAUUGCCCAUUUUAGUGGUCACUCGCAGUGCUGCCAAGGCGGCCGAGGUGCAGGCCCUGAUCGCAGAACAGCAGGAGGAGGUCUCUGGGCCCUCUCCCUGUUCUACACCUCUGUUGAGCCUCAGCAGCCGUCCUUGUUUGCCACAGGACUGCUGGCUGGGACUUGUGGUUCUGCCUUUGAAACAGCACUGCAGACCGACCAAACACUAG